UCGUCCCCCAAAUCCAAUGGACCAAAAUCCACCGCGCCAACCCUUCUUCAUCCCCAAAUCCAGAUAAGAUCAAGAACCCCUUCACCUUCUCUUCACUCUCUCCCUCUAUCUCCACUCUCUUCUCCACUCCUCCCAUCAUGGCCUCCAUCACCACGGCCUCCCUCCUACCUUCCCCCUCUCUCUCCUCCAAACCUAAGCCUCGUCUCCUCUCCUCUCUAGCCGCCUCCUCUUCCAACUCCUCCCCCACUCUCAACCUCUCCCGCGUCGCUGCCGGAGCUGGAUCCCAGACCUUGCUGAAGAAGCGCGGCGGACUCUUCGUCGUGCGUGCGGCGCGCGGCAAGUUCGAGCGGAAGAAGCCCCACGUGAACAUCGGCACCAUCGGCCAUGUCGACCAUGGCAAGACGACACUGACCGCCGCGCUGACCAUGGCCCUUUCCUCCAUGGGCAACAGCGCCCCUAAGAGAUACGAUGAGAUUGAUGCAGCCCCGGAGGAACGCGCUCGCGGUAUCACCAUUAACACUGCCACCGUUGAGUAUGAGACUGAGUCUCGCCACUACGCCCAUGUUGAUUGCCCUGGCCAUGCUGACUACGUGAAGAAUAUGAUCACUGGUGCUGCUCAGAUGGAUGGUGCUAUCCUUGUUGUUUCCGGCGCUGAUGGUCCUAUGCCUCAGACGAAGGAACACAUCCUUCUCGCCAAGCAGGUCGGGGUUCCUAACAUGGUUGUGUUUCUCAAUAAGCAGGACCAGGUUGAUGAUGAGGAGCUGCUCCAGCUUGUGGAUCUUGAGGUUCGUGAGCUUCUCUCCUCCUAUGAGUUCCCCGGUGAUGACAUCCCCAUCAUCUCCGGCUCUGCUUUGCUCGCUCUUGAGGCUCUGAUGGCCAAUCCCAGCAUCAAACGCGGUGAGGACCCUUGGGUGGACAAAAUUUAUGAGCUCAUGGACGCUGUGGAUUCCUACAUUCCUAUCCCGCAGCGCCAGACUGAUCUCCCUUUCCUGCUCGCUGUGGAAGAUGUUUUCUCCAUCACAGGGCGUGGUACUGUCGCCACUGGACGUGUUGAGCGUGGCACGGUCAAGGUUGGUGAGACUUUGGAAAUUGUCGGCCUUCGUGAGACCAGAAACACCAUUGUCACUGGUGUCGAGAUGUUUCAGAAGAUUCUGGAUGAAGCCAUUGCUGGUGACAAUGUAGGCCUUCUUCUCAGAGGCAUGCAGAAGGCUGACAUUCAGCGUGGGAUGGUCCUUGCUAAACCGGGGACAAUCACUCCUCACACAAAGUUUACUGCUGUUGUGUAUGUGCUCAAGAAGGAGGAAGGCGGCCGGCAUUCGCCUUUCUUUGCUGGCUACAGACCUCAGUUUUAUAUGCGAACUACUGAUGUCACCGGGAAGGUUACUUCCAUCAUGAACGAUAAGGAUGAGGAGUCGAAGAUGGUGAUGCCCGGUGACCGUGUUAAGAUGGUUGUUGAGCUUAUUGUGCCGAUUGCUUGUGAACAGGGAAUGCGUUUUGCCAUCAGAGAGGGUGGCAAGACUGUUGGAGCUGGUGUCAUCCAAUCCAUCAUUGAAUAGAAAUGGGUUAAUUCUUUCGAAUUUCAUCAAUGACUGUGGCAUGUAGUAAGUUGUGCCCACUAAAGUUUUCCUGGUUGCAUUUCAGUGUCCGAAAGACAACUAAAAUUGCAAUGCCAUAUAAUUUUUCAGUUUUUUUUUUCCCUUCUUCCUUUGUAGUGAUGAUCCAAUUGUGUUUGGGUAGGUGGUUCUUUAAUGCAUUUUAUAAUGUUCUUCUCAUUGUGAUUCUAGAACUCUGCUUUAGUUGUGAUAGUUUCUAUAUGGAUAGCAAAUGAUUAAUUUUA